UCAAGUAACAUUUUGUUUACAUUUUUUUGUUUUGUUUUUUUCUGACAUGGCGUCAGAAAAGGCAGCGCCGGAGCUGCUGGCGCUGCAACCCAUACAAUGUCCACCACAAUCAGAUGUGGAUAAUGGCGCUGUCCAGAGGCGCCACGCCAAAGAGCUGAGCUACAACGAAUUUUAUUGGCGCUACAUGCACUCCAACUGGCCCGUGAUAAUCACGGACGUGUCCAACACAUGGGAGUGCCGCAAUUGGGCGCAGUCCGGGGAGACGGACAAGGACCAAGACAAGGACAACAGGAAUGCGAAUAGCCCAACCCACAGCCACAUUAAUUUUGACUACCUCAGGAGCCGCAUUGGCGAUCUCGCUGUGCCAGUCGCGGACUGCAAUGCGACGUAUUUCAAUAGCCACGCCAAGCUGGAGCUGAAGUUCCACGACUUUCUGGAGCGCUGGCAGCGCAGCGUGGAGCAUGGACAUGUGCCGGAAAAGGAGACGAACAGCAAUGUGGCCAAGGACAAUCUCUACCUCAAGGACUGGCAUCUGGCCGCUUUGCUGCCCACAUACGAGUUCUAUCAGGUGCCCAAGUACUUUGCCUCCGACUGGCUGAACGAGCAGCUCAUCGCAGAAAAGCGCGACGAUUAUCGCUUUGUGUACAUGGGACCUAAGGACUCCUGGACGUCCUUCCAUUCGGAUGUGUUUGGCUCCUUCAGCUGGUCAACCAACAUUGUGGGACACAAGAAGUGGCUCAUAAUGCCGCCUGGCGAGGAGCUCAAGCUGGCGGAUCCUUUGGCAAAUCUGCCAUUUAGCAUAGAUGAAGCACUGCUGGAGCAGCACGCGGUGCGCUAUUUUACCAUCAAUCAGACGGCCAACGAGGCGGUGUUCGUGCCCAGUGGCUGGUACCAUCAAGUGUGGAACAUGACGGACACCAUCUCAGUCAAUCAGAACUGGUUCAAUGCGUGCAACGUGCCACUCGUGUGGCGCAAUCUGCUCGCCAAUAUGCAGGCCGUGCACAGAGAGAUCUCCGAUUGCCAGCAAAUGGACAACUUUGAGGCGCACUGCCAAAUGAUGUUGCGCGCCAGCUUUGGCAUUAACUACCUCGAUUUUAUAGAGCUUCUGGAGUUCAUAGCCGCCCGCCGAUUGGACGCCCGAUUGGCGCCCAAGCCAGACCAAACCCAGACAACGACCAACAACAGCCAAUUACUUUUUGACAGAUAUCAAAUGAACGCCUACCAUGUGCAAUACGAUCUCGAGUGCGUGCGCCAACUGCUCCAAGACAUGCUGCAAGAGCCGAGUGUGCGCCAGAGUCCGGCCCAGCUGCACGAACGCUGCGAACGUCUCUGGCAGCAGCUGCAAUCCCAGUGCCAGGCCCAGACAGGCGUAUGAGCAGGCCCCGGCAUAUUUUUAUACCAAAGUUGUAUUCAUAUACAAUAGUCGUAGUGUUUUAUUAUAUCGUAUAUUAUAUUUAUAAUGAAUGUAA